AUGUUGCGUCCGGUAAGCGGUCACGGUACAACAUACACAAACAGGAUUUCCAAAACUCGUUGUGCAAACGGCAGUGCAAAGCACUGUAAUAUCGAAUUGGAUCGAACUCAAAUCUAUUUGUAUAGAAUUCUGUCGAUAAAACGACACCUUACAAGGACCCCGGGCAAUAGCAGAAAAGGCCUGAUCCCGAAAAUUGGGUUUUUGUCCGGACGCCUCUGCACCAAAUUUGUCCGGACUGGACCUGGCCUACCACACCCCAAUCUCAAAAAUUUGUCCGGACAGCCAGAUCAGGGUAAAUUUUUCUCUACAAAUGUCCCACAAUUAUGCCCAAAUACCGGCUGGGAGGCUUUUUUUUUGACAUCUCGUCGAUUUUGUCCGGACUCUGGUCGAAUUUUGUCACUUUUUGUCCGGAUUGGCCCCCAGCUGUAG